CCCAGGCGCCUCCAGCGCGCCGGGUUCGGCCUGAGUCCGCCGGCGCUGUUUUCGGCGCAAGCCGGCAAAAAUCGGGCUCCUGGGACGCGACUGGGCCAUUUUUUCGGCGCCGGCGUGACAAAAUCUUCUAAGGAGGCCUUCCUGAAGGCGCGGCUGGAGAUGCCCUUAGUGUAUGGAGACAUCACUUCCCGACGCCGGCGGCUGCAUCGAUGCGGCCAUGUGUCUCUUGAACACGGUCACGGUGGAGAAGUCGUCCAUCCACACAAAGGAGGGCCUCGCCGAGGGCAUGGAGACGACGCCGGCAUGAUGUACUUGUGCCAUGUCUCCUUCCGCUCUUCACCGAGCCCAUUAUCCUCGCGUGUCACCUUCGACUUGGGAGCAGCCGGAGCUCGCCGACGACGUGGCCCAACCGCUAGCCUCGGUACUCUAUCAUGGCCCUGGCGAAUAGGUCAUGGUUUCAGGUCGCGACGUACAUGUCUCCGACUCUCCGGUGCACAGGUCCAUCACGUCCCGGUCACGAUGAACGGGCCUGGCAUAUUGCUUUUCAGAGAAGACGGCGACGAAAUCAGAGCUCGGCAGGCAGGUCCAUGGCGAACCCAGGUCACCGGCGUACAGGUUUUGCAUCACACUCUUGGAGGAGACGGCACGGUGGAACCGGAGCUCGCCGACGAUGCAGCCCGAGACUCGCCUUUCCCUUCAUGGUGUACAGAUUCUCGACGGAACCAGCGUCCGCAACGACGAGCCUCCAUGACCGGCUCCUCCUUCACGAGGCACGCGUCCCCGACGAACAGGUCAAUGGAGUACAGAUCCUUCACCGAGCCGGAAUUUGCAGCGACACAGUACAAGACCGGUCCCUCCUUCGAGAGGUGCACCUACAGUGGCGAACAGGUCCUUGGCGUAUAGGUCCACGGCGUCGCCGGUGUACAGGUCACCCUUUGGCGUAGCACCAGUCCAAGGCGACGCGGCCUCUACAACGCCACCUUUCCACGGCCUCGUGAGGCGGUCCCCUUUGCCUUGGCCGACCACCAAAUACUUGGUGUCUAGCCGAGACGAGGCGCCAACCACCUCGGCCAUGCCAACGUGAGAGCGUGUCAGUUUUUACACAGACGCCGGUCUCUCCAAACCAUUACUCCCACAAGGCGUAGCCCCUUGAACACCCCAAUGAAGUAACCGGUCGUCGAGAAGUCUAAGCUGAGCGCGACCCAUGCUACCUCAACACCAACUACUCCAACGCCGCCAAGACCGACGAGGCACGAUGGCGAGGGCGGGCGCGGCCACCGCUAAGGCCACACCACUUGCGGCGUGUGUACCGACGAGGACACGGGCUCUGCCGCUGCCCACACACACAUCACCAUCAUCAUGCAUGGAGGACGAGAAGCGAAGACGACCACACAGCUUAAUCGGAGAUAUCUCGCGGAGUAACCCGCGGGAGUAAUUAACCGGGAGCCUUCCGAGGCCCCGGGAACUAGGAGACCGUAAUCGCCGCAGUCAGGCAGGCCGCGCUAGUAGGCCACGGAGCUCAUAUGUAAAGGGAUCUUGUAAUUUUGUUUCUUCAGUGAGAGAUUAAUAAAGUGCAUGUUUCCCUCUGUUUA